AUGGUACUAUUCAUGGCGUCGGGCUUGACUCUUCUGAAGUUGGAUUCCCCCCCCGAGCUGUUUACGAACGUAUUCCAAAAAGCCAAAGUGGUUGGGUUACGGCGUACGGCUCAUGGAGGCGAAGAAGGCGAUGUUUCUUACAUCAAAGGAGCGCUCGACUCUUUAGAUGCUGAGCGAAUUGACCAUGGCAUCCGCUUAGCUGAGGAUCAAGAGCUUUUGGAACAGAUCGCUGCAAAGGGCACCUUGCUUACUAUUUGCCCACUCUCAAAUGUUUACUUGCGCACUGUCAAAUCCAUCGCUUCUCUGCCACUUCGGGAAUUCCUAAAUUUUGGAGUGCUAUUUUCGUUGAACAGCGAUGACCCGGCCUAUUUUGGCGGUGGGAUAUUGAACAAUUACUGCGCAGUUCAGGAGGCGUUUGAUUUCAGCAUUGACGAUUGGAACACCAUAGCAAUCUCAGGAGUGCGUGGAAGUUGGAUUGGAGAUGAAAGAAAGAGAGUUCUCUUGGAAAAAAUAGCAGACGCUGUUGGUAGUUUUAAAUCGGUGGUCUAG